CCUGGUAUGCCCUGGGUAGGGCUGGGAGCGGCUGUGGCCGUGAGGGCGUUAGAGGGAGGAGGUAUCAUGGCGGGUCCUCAACGUCCAAGCCUUUCCCUGGCCUCGCCUCUUACCCACUCCAGGCCCUCCGGAAGUGGGGAGGAGCCCUGGCUAUGCAGUCUUCCUAGGACACCGGCCAGGGGAGCGAGGAGUCCAACCUGGGAACAGGAGAGGUGGUAAUGCUUCCAGGAAGCGGGGAGUGAGUGAGUGGGUCAGCGGGCAGGGAAAGGAUUGAGGGGUGCAGAUACACUCAGCCUCCUGUUUGGAGAAGCCGAAACAACACUGGAGGCAAAGGCCUGGCCAGGCGGAGCUGGCCAGAAAAGCAUUCUUGCCCCCACUGUCUAUGCAUUGGGCUAUGCCACUCAGCUGAGGGCUCCCACCCUUCCAGGGCUAGGCUCCGUCCCCUCCUGGGCUGGGCUGCAGCCCUCCCCAGGCUGGCUCUGUUCCCCAUAACACCUCCUGUCCUGGGGCUUGGCCCCCAGGCCCUGGCUCAGGCCGGCAGCUGUCAGGGGCCAGAGCCCUGCCCUGACGGAUGAGUGCUGACGGCCGCUCUCCAUGUGCCCUCUUCCGCUGACACCCCAUCACACCGCUGCGGGGACCCCGGGAGACCUGGCCGCCUCUGCGCACCCCGGCGGCAGCCUGCAGGCGACGGGGGGCGGGGACGGUGCCAGGCGCCCCGCAUUCGUCUGCACACCUGCGCCUCCACUCCUGGCUCCUCCGCGACGCUGCUUUCCCUGGUGGUACCACUGGUGUCACCGGCCACCGCUCUAUCCAGGAGUUAACGGCGCUGCGGAGAGAGCUGAGCAGGUCCUGGGCAAGCCAGGCUGCGGGUGUCGGAGGUCGCAGCGCCCCCCGGAGCCGGAGCCCGGCGCCGCGGCGCACGCGCGGCCGCUCCUGCCGCGAACUUCGGUGGGUGCGAGUCGGCGUCGGGGGGACGCAGUCGGUGGCGGAGGAUUCGGAGACUCGCUGUCAAUCAGGUGUACCUGGGCAGCCUACGUUUUUAUGAGCUACACCUGGCAACCUUAGACGUGCGCGUGGAGAGGAACUAAAGGGUGGUCAUGGUACCGUGGCCUGUCUGCUAGCAGUCUGCCAUGUCCCAAGAGGUGGGAGGCUCAUGCCGCCUGGGCUCUGGGGCCCGGGCCCGGGCACGGAAGCCCAAGAAGCCACACUACAUCCCUCGGCCCUGGGGCAAGCCCUACAAUUACAAGUGCUUCCAGUGCCCGUUCACCUGCCUGGAGAAGUCGCACUUGUACAACCACAUGAAGUACAGCCUCUGCAAGGACUCCCUCUCGCUGCUGCUUGACUCUCCAGACUGGGCGUGCCGCAGGGCCCCAACCACAUCCCGGCCCCCCGGGCCCACCACAGACUGUCCCUCUGGCCCCACAGACCCUGGCAGGCACCCCCGAGGAGCUGAGCUUCCAGAUAAUCCCACCUCACCCGACCUCAUUGUCACUGACACUCUCUCCCAGCACUGCCGAGUUGGGGGCCCCAAGCCAGAGGCUGAGGGGUCCCCAGGGACACCACCCUCUGUGGCCAAGGAUGCCCAGAAGGUUGCAGGCCUUGGUGGGCUCCUGGCUGAAUCAUGGAAGCCGAGGCCAAGCAGGGGCCCCAGGAGCUCAGUUACGGUGGACUCGGCUACAGUGGGCCCUGAGAGCGGCGUCCCCUGCUACCCUCCGCCCGCUUCCAGCGAGUUCCCCGAGGCCCAGAGCCUCCAGCUGUCCCUGCUGGGAGUCAACUACCCUCUUGGCCCCAGCCUCUUCUCCUACCUGGGUCCCUCCCUGGCUGCCGCAGCCCAUAUGCCCUUCCUGGGCUCAGCCAGCCCCCUGCUUCCCCCAGCCUCUGCCUUCCCUGCCCUGCAGCCCCCCGAGCACCCCACCCCUAUUCCCCACCUGUACUACCCUCUGCUCCUGGAGCAUAGCCUGGGGCUGCAGUCAGGAAAGGCUGCUCCUGCCAAGCCCCCUGCCCCUCCCAAGGGACCCCCUGGGACUCUGGCCCCUGGGCUGCUGAAAGUGCCAGUACCUGGGCUGGUUGGGCCCUGGCUCUGUGGUGCCCCCAGGGACCCAGGGCAGGAGAGUGGGCUGGAGCUUGCUGCCCAGAGUGACCCCAAGAGGAAGCUGCCCCUGGGAAGCAGGCUGCAGCCCCCGAAGGCCCCCUCCAGAAUGGCCAGCUUUGGUUCCCAGAGCAGCCUGCGGACUGGCCCUUCCGUGAUUCUCUGGCCUGAGGACAAGGAGCCAGGCGACCCUGAGACCCCGGGCCCUGUCUCCCCCCUGCCCCAGCAGCCAUCGGGCCCGAUGCUCGUGGUCCCUGGGCAUGUGUGCGAGGACCUGACACGCGCCCUCGGUGACUAUGCUAGGGUGGAGCAGCGCCUGGGGCAGUUGGCACCUGCCAGGGGCCUGGCUCCACGGCCUCUUCGGGAACAGCUGGGCAAGAUCCGCCGGGAGCUGCUCACCAUCCACCAGGUGCUAGAGCAGGCCGUGCGGCCCCCGGACGUGCCCCUUGACCUCUCUGUGAAACGGACGUCCUCCAAGUUACCCGAGGUGACCUCGGGAGCCUGGGGGCAAUCAGAGCUGGGUUCCAUACUGGUCCAGGGGGCCCCUGAACCCCCCAGAGUGCUGGGCCCCACAGUAGCUGAGCCUUUCUCUGGCCACACCACCAAGUGUGAGGCUGACUCCAGUGUCCCACCUCCGGGACUCCCCCUCAAAGCCCCAGACGACCCUGUCAUUCCUGGCGGUAGCUGGGGCCCCCGUGGCAGGGUGGGGGGCUCCUGGCCCUCGGAGGCUGUCUCUGGCCUUCAGAGCUCCCCAGGCGCAGAGGUCUGACUGCAGCUCCUGCCGCCACCUCUGUCGUGACGGAGGUCCUCUCCCAACCCCAUGCCCACCCCCUGGCCCUCUACCUGCCUCAGACCCUGAGGUGAGGCCUGGAGCCUGCCCAGCAUGCCCAUGGACAGACCCCACCCACCAUGGCUGUGGCCUGUCUCUGGGGCCACAGGGGGACAGCAGAGAACCAUGGUUUUUUAUCGAUCACAAUUAUGGACAUUAAA